CCACAGCAAUGGAAACCAAUGGAGGUUGCUGCAUCGCCAAGCGCGCUCACCACAUGUCCAAGGUUCACACCAUAAUGCUACGCUACCGUCCCAUCGCUCCCAAGCCUCUCCCCGCCGCCGCCACCGCCGACGUCCACGCCUUCUCCAGAUCCAAACCAAAGCAAGCCAAGCAGCGCACCAGCCGAGGAAUCCGCCGCCGGAGAAACGCGCCUCCUCCUCCGGCGCCGGUGCCGGCGGUGACUCUCCCGCUCCUCCCGGAGACUCCAGAUCCGAAGAAAACCACCGAGGAGGCAAAGAGGAAAAGCCUCCCGGUGUGGCUUAACUUCGAGAACCGCGCUUGGGAGAAGCCGGAUCGUUGCUGGUACGGGACAGUGGUGACGGUGGAGUGCGUGACGGACACGUGGCAGCAGCAGGAGGAGGAGGAGUUAGGGUUAGGGUUAGGGAAGAGCGACGAGGAACGGAGAGCGAAGCUGGAGGAGGACACGUGUCCGGGGUUUAUAUCGGACGGUUACGGGAGCGUGACGUGGACGAAUGGUGCGUACCGGGAGACGGUCGGCGGUGGAGGAGUAUGGCUUGCGAUGAAGGCGAGCGUAGCAUAUCCGUACGGAGGGUUCACGUGUAGGGUGCGGGUGCAGUACGCGUGUGGGAAAGAGAGAACCGUGCCAUGUGAUGCGUGGAGAAUGGACUCUGGUGGCUUCGCUUGGAGAUUAGACGUUAAAGCUGCUCUUACCUUGAGCUUAGGCUUAGCUCUCUAAUAAAUCACAUAAACGAUGUCGUUUCCUUCCCUCGAUUUAGACCAUAUAAACUGUGAAUAUAUCAUAUCAUAUAUGUAUAUAUAUGUACAUCAUAUAUCAUAUAUCAUAUAUCCUAGGGCUAAGGUAGUUUAGCUUUUCUUGAUUGAAACUUGUAACUUAGUGCAUGUGGUUUUGGUGAUCGCCUGAUCUUAAUUUGAACGUGAGAAGGUGAGUUAAUUACUCUGCGUGAAUCUUAUACAUGAGAUCUUAUGUGGAAGUGAAGAAGGAAAUGGAGGAUAAAGUAUAUUAGUAUUAGUAGAUGUUAUAAAAAUUUUGAUGGAUGCGUUAUUUGUUGUUAUUUAAUAGAAGUGAUUGUAUGAGGAUGUGAUGGGUGGGACAGAUGGUGGAGAAGGGUUGGGGUUGGGAGGAGAACCUGUAAGAGUGUUGCAGGAGUGUAUUUGGUUGGCUGGGGUCAGGGUCAUGGAUGGUAGAAAGAUUGAAAGAAAGAUAUGCUUUAUAUAUUUACUUGACAUUCCAAUAUGCCUCGGAAGUUGCUGAUUGCACCACGUCGCUGCAUCUCAAUUCACCAUGCAUACUUUUUUUUUUCCCUUAAUUAUCUGCAUCGCCUUUUUCUUUCUCGUUUUUGCUCCUAUGGGAAACACUACUAUCCUUUCCCCGAACUCCAACAUACAAGAAUACAUCACUUGUUCUAGCUGUUUCACUACUGCUCCUUUCGUUU